CGCGCUCUGGUCGCUGGUCCCUCACAUGGUCUGGCAGCUGUCCACCGCACACCUACUCGCUCAGCUGUUCCUCAAGUCGACCGAGGUCACGCCUAGGGACGGGCUGGGCUGGCUGUUGCUCAUGCUCUACCUUCUGUUCGCCACGCUGCCCCUCAGGCUCUCCAUCUGCGUCCUCCUCGCGUGCAGCACAGCAACGGUAUACGUGAUGUCAGUGGUGGGACUGUCGAAAGCGCCUGCACAGAUACCCGUCGACGUUUUGGUGUUGACGGUGACGCUGUCCGUGAGCGCCAUGAUCCUCGGCGUCUCCAGUUACUCGUUGACGGAGUUUCAACAGCGUAGAGCGUUCCUGGAAACUAGGCAGAGUUUGGAGGUGCAAUUGGUGAUCGAGGAGCAGAGCACCGAGCAGGAGAGAUUGCUGCUCAGCGUGCUCCCUGAACACGUGGCGGUUAAGAUGAGGCAGGACCUUGGCGCCUCGCUUGACACCCAGUUCAAGAAAAUUUACAUGUCCAGGCACGAGAACGUCUCGAUCCUGUACGCGGACAUAGUCGGAUUCACAGCCAUUUCCUCCACGUACAGCGCCAGCGAAUUGGUCAAGAUCCUGAACGAGUUGUUCGCACGAUUCGAUCAACUCAGCGAAAGGUUCGAGCAGCUGCGAAUAAAGAUCCUGGGCGAUUGUUACUACUGCAUCAGCGGGGCUCCAAUAGAAAGGCCGGACCACGCUGUCCUCUGCGUUUACAUGGGUCUAUCGAUGGUGGAGGCCAUCAAGUACGUGCAACAAACGACCAACAGCCCGGUCGACAUGAGGGUGGGAAUACAUACAGGGGCUGUGCUGGCCGGUGUCCUUGGCCAGAGGCAAUGGCAGUUCGACGUCUACAGCAAGGACGUCGAGUUGGCCAACAAGAUGGAGAGCAGCGGAAUGGCGGGGAGGGUGCACAUCUCGAACGCGACGCUGAGCUUCCUGAACGGGGAGUUCGAGGUCGAGCCAGCUCACGGCGAGGACAGGGAAGAGGCACUCCAGAAAGCGGGGAUCGUCACUUACUUCAUAGUCCGCGCGUUGAAACCCUUCAUACCGGCUGUGACCAAGAGUCUGGCCUCGCUCACGGACGCGGAGAACAGGAGGGCGAUGGAGAACUUGGGGGAUGGGAGGAACAACAAGGAGGACUCGGAGGAAUUUAGGCAGAGGCUGAGGAAGGAGCUCGACAGCAAAACUGGAGGGGUGAAUCUGAAGGGUCACGCACACUGGUUGACCCUGCGCUUCAAGGACCCGAAGGUGGAAUCGGCGUUCCACAAUGCCGAGGAAGCGUUCUCCCCCCUGUCGUUGUUAGGGGGCCCAUUGGUGAUGGUCUGUUCCGCUCCUGUUUGGAGGUUUCAACCGUGGGGGCCUUUCACGUGGGGCGGUAUCGGGGUCGUGGUGCUGUUCGCCGUCGUUUUGGCCGGCGCCACUUGUCUGGGCAGCUCCAUCAAAGCCAUGUGGCUGAGAAGAGCUCUUGCCUCGCUCAUGAUAUUCUCCCUCGGCGUUUUCCUCCUCCUCGACAUGUUCAACUGCGUAGUGGUCGAGGAAACUAUUCCAUCGCUAAACUCCAACAACAUAACCCUGUCGACGAAGUGCCCGUACCCUUCCUACUACUCGUACAUCGGUGUGCUGACGCUGGUGGCGACCUCGAUGCCGACCUACAUAUGCUAUCUGGGCAAAGCGUACCUGAUGUACGGGCUCGCGGGCUGCCAAUGCUUCAUGAACAUCUGGUUACUCGGCUCGAGGCUCGACUGGGAGGAUCACGCCUCCUCGCCCCUCGAACCAUCCGCAGUUCCGUCGAAAUUCUGCCUAUCCGUCACUCUGCUCAUCGUCGCCACCUCUUUGGUCAUCGUCUCCAGAUACGCUGAGAAGUCUAGGAGGAUGUUGUACCUAAGGGGCAGGGAGGUGGUGGCGCAGAGGGAAAGGGCGGCCGACAUGAAACGAAGGAACGGCGCCCUCAUAUACAACAUCCUCCCGCCCCACGUGGCAGCGUAUUUCCUCUCGAGGGCGAGGCACCACGACGACCUCUACAGCCAGAGUUACGCCGAGGUGGGCGUCCUGUUCGCCAGCAUGCCCAACUUUGCCGAUUUCUACAGCGAGGAGAGCAUCAACAACCAAGGCCUCGAGUGUCUCAGAUUCCUGAACGAAGUCAUAUCCGAUUUCGACGCGAUCCUCGAUCAGAACAAGUUCAAGGACAUCAUCAAGAUAAAGACGAUAGGCUCCACUUACAUGGCCGCGUCCGGGAUAACCGAGUCGUCGGAAUCCGAGGACGCGCCUCGAUGGGGCCACUUGUCGACCCUGGUCGAAUUCGCCCUCGAGUUGAAGAAAGCGUUGUCGAGCAUCAACGAGCAGAGUUUCAACCACUUCGUGCUUAAGAUGGGUAUCAAUCACGGCCCGGUCACAGCCGGGGUGAUCGGGGCCAGGAAGCCGCACUACGAUAUAUGGGGGAACACCGUGAACGUUGCGUCCAGGAUGGAGAGCACUGGGAAAGUGGGCUGCAUCCAGGUGACGGACGAGACGCGGAAGAUCCUCGAGCCUUUCGGCUUCGGCUUCGAGCAACGAGGCCUUGUGUUCGUGAAGGGGAAGGGCCAGCUGCUCACCCACUACCUGGUGUCCAAGGACGGCGUGUCCUUGAACCUGGACAGCGACCUGCCUGUCGAACCCGCCCAUCCGAUCAUCUAUCAGUAGGCUACGACAUCUAUCGAAGGCUCUAA